CUUUAAAAACUAUUUACAUUUUUAGAUCAGUAUUUCGGAAACUUUGAUAGACGCGGAUCGUGAAAGUUAUUUUACGGGGUUCAUCGUUGAAUCAUUUUUCUCUAAAUUUUAGUUUUCUGUCAUUCGUGUUACAAUGAAUACUACCACACAGUAUAGCAUGCGGUGGGAUGAUUUUUCAUCUCAUUUCACUAGUGAAUUCGAGUCAUUACGGAAUGACGAACAAUUCGUUGAUGUUACACUGUGUUGCGAAGACCAUUUCAUCAAAGCUCAUAAAGUCAUAUUAUCUGCUUGUAGUCCUUACUUUAAAAAAAUACUCAUGACAAAUCCAUCAAAACAUGUAACAGUUAUCAUGCAUAAUGUGGAAUAUGAGCUUAUGAAGACGUUGGUUGACUUUAUGUAUUUGGGUGAAGUACUUGUUAAUCAAAAUAAUGUUGAUAGGUUAUUUAAUCUUGCCAAAACAUUUAAUGUUCGUGGAUUUCAAAAUGGCUUUAAUAAAAAUGAAAAUUCAAUUUUGCCUUCACUGUGUGAAAAUGUGGAGCAAGAUGUACCAAAAAAUGAAGUUAUUGAUUCAAUGGAUAACCAUGAUGAUGGAUUAUUUGCUAACCAACUGGAUCAACUUAAUCAACUUGUGAAUCCUAAUGAAAUAAUCAAACGAAGGAAAUUAGAAACAAAUUAUUGGCAACAAUCUUCUGAAACAACUCCACCAACACAACCUGAAAAACAAAGGUGCCAUUCUUUGGAUCCAAGACCAUGUCCUGAGUGUGGACGUCAGUAUAGCAGUUUGUCUAAUUUACGGCAACAUAUUGAAUUAAUUCAUAAACCUGGUUGUGUGGUGUGUCCAUUAUGUGGAAAAACCUUUAAAAAUAAGCUUUAUCUACGGCGUCAUUUUAUUAGUUUUCAUGAAAUGUUACCAUCCAAAAUGCAUAAUACUUCAGACCCAACUACUCCUUAUACUUCAAAUUCAGUACACUAUCAAUCUGAUCAAAGUCAACAAAGAUUACAAAUUAAGGAACAGUCAAAUAGUCAACAGUUAAGUUCUACUUGUUUUGAUCAAAGUAUACAUCCGCGUUAAAUAUAUUAAAUGUAUCAACAAGACUACUUUUUUUAAAAAUGUUUAUAGAGUAUUAUCAAAAGCCACGUGUUAAAGAGUACAAUUAUAUUAUAAUAAAGGCUUUUUAUGUGCAAUUAUAUUAAAUGUAUACACAUCAUUAAAAAUAUACUAUUUCAUGAUCUCCAAAUUAAGUAUUACAAAAAGUUGUACCAUAAUUUAUAAUUUUCAA